UAUAACCGUCAGCCUGAAAUACGAAGGGAGCACAUGUCGGGAGGAGCCACACGGGCGCCGCCACGAGAACCACCUUCGCUCGCGCCCGACCCCGAGUGCGAGGCCCAUGGCUGCCGCUGUCUUCCUUCAGAUCCUUCUAGCCGCCCUCCUGGCGUCGCCGCAGCAGGCUUCAGGCGAGGCGUGUCCCUGCACCUGGUCAGCCACGGACGCCGCCCUCUCCUGCCGGGACCUCGGCCUCCAGCGCGUCCCCAGGGAUUGCUUCCUGGACCACCCCGAGGCCGUCCUUCUCGACCUCUCGGGCAACAGCAUCGAAAGCCUCGGCGAGGACGACUUCUCUGGGCUGGACGCCGUCGAGGCUCUCUGGCUCAGUCGGAACAAGAUCUCCAGUUUGCACGCGAGGACGUUCCGAAACCUGAGUGCGUUGGCUGAGCUGCAUUUGGACCAGAAUGCCCUGGAGGUGCUUCCGGAGGGCAUGCUCGCCUACCAGCCAAGCAUUCGGGAAUUCUCAGUCGACAACAACAAUCUGAUUAAAUUGCCGCUGUCGCUUUUCGCCGACGGCCUGCAGGCGCCAGUGACGCUCAAUUUAACAAGCAACUACCUGCGCGUUGUGCCUUGUUCCGCUGUAUCUUCCCUGCCAGUCAGCAGCAAUGUGUUAGCUGAUUAUGUCCAGAUCUGGGCUCAGCACGAGGAGGAGAUGGCCGGCUGUUCCCUGCUGAAUCUGCCUGAGCUGGUUAGCCUGUGCAUGCCCGUCGACACUCGCUCCAACAGCAUUGACUGCACUGCCUUGCGGGAGCCUUUCUCGCCUCUCAAAGCCUCCCUGGCGGAGAGUGAGAGUCACCGCUUCUUCGACGGGUGGACGGAGCACAUAGUGUUUAGCGCUGAUGUGGACGACUUGAUGGGCGAGCCUCCGUCGCAGGUCAGCUGCCUUCCCGACGACCUGGAUGUUGCAGGAUCCUUUCUGGUUUUCCAUCGCUACACUCCUGACCUCCAACUAGAAGGUGUCUUCUUUGACCUGGCUGACCUCCCGAGCCACACCUCAGGGCUCACCAACUCGGUCACCAUCAAAGCCGACACGGUGGUUCUGACACGGCCCAUUCCGCCCCUGCGCUACCGCCUCACAGUCUCUGCGCGCAAUGUAGUGCUUGCCCAUCCUCUCCUGAUGGAGGCGCCGACGACGCUCUACCCUCCCACAACCACCGAAACGUUCUACCAGCUGCAGGUGUCGGCCGGGCGCGUCAACGGCGUGACGGUGAUCCAGUACGAACACGGGCUGCUGACCGUGCGGCUGCUGGACGGGGCCGACGUCGUGGCCAAACACAGCUGCCAGCCUCUGCCCGCACAGCGAGGAUGAGGUGCGUGAGUGGGUGAGCGCCAGG